ACACGCGCGUUUUGUUUUCUUUAUGUGCGAAGCAUCGGAAGCAUCAGCUGCCUGCGCUCUGCGAUUUGUCUUCGGGUCCAUAAAUAAUGGAUCUAUUCACAAUCGAUACUGCCGGUGAUUCCGGACAUACCUCCGCUAGUACCCGACCGUUAUUUCUACCCAGCAGCAGUUACAGCGUUUUGGAUAGUUCCCGUUCACAAGAGCAACAACGUCCGGCAGACGAUGAAGACGAAGAUGACGACGACGAGGAUUAUGGAGGUCUCCCGCCACCGAGUCAGGAUAUAUUCAAGAUUCUGCAAGAUGAUUCGGGAGCGGAAUGUAUGACACAUGGAACGUCAAGCCGUUCAAAUAAUGCGCCAAUUCCUAAGAAAGCGCGCUACUUGAAGGGAACCAACCAGAUUAAAGAAUUGGCCGUGACGGAUGUGGCUGGGCUGAUGAAGUCGGCAGUUAUGACACCGGCCAUUGAGAAGCAGGAAAACUUGGCCACACUAUCGAUGACCGAUCGGAAGAUUAAGGAGUUGAACAAGAAAGAGCGCUCCAAGACCAAGGGUAAAAACUGGUUCAACCUUCCGGCACAGGAAAUGACCGAGGAUGUGAAAAACGAGCUUGAACUGAUUCGGAUGCGAUCGGUUUUGGAUCCCAAGCAUUUCUACAAAAGGAGUGAAAUGAAGACACUGCCGAAAUACUUCCAGAUCGGUAAGGUCGUCGAAUCGCCCUUGGAUCACUACAACGAACGUGGUACGAAGAAGACCAAGGCGAAAACGCUAGUUGAUGAACUUCUGGAGGACGCCAAGUUCCAGAAAUACAACAAAAGAAAAUACGCCGAAGCGCUAGAGAAACGCAAGAAAAAGGCUUAUCAUAAGGCUGCCAUCAAAAUGAAAAAAUUGAAGAAAAAGAAGAAUUAAACUGUAAUAUAGAUCUAUUUUUGUUAAGUAA